UCACGUGAUCAAAUCAAUGGCGGUUUAGUUUUUUCUCGAGCUGCGUAAAAUUGCAUUUUUACAAGCAUUUCUAUGGAUAUACUGCGACAAAAGACCAAUUUGGACGAUCUUUGUAUACACGAAUAUAAGCUGAACAACUUGGAUUGCAUAUUCUGUGAACCCGGAUCGUCUUAUGGUGAGUUUAUCGUCAUAGACAUUUCCCGUCAAAAAUCAGACAAUGGAAGGUGUUCUCGAUCUUCCAGAAUCUGGGAAAAUAACUUUUGAUAAUGUUUUAACUAGUCCUUCAGCUGACUCUCAAACCCCUAAACAGCAUAAAUAUGACAUUGCUCAACUUUUCGAUCGACUUGAUUCCAUCCAAGCUAGCCUAAACAACAACACUGUGUCCGUCAGUGUCCUUAUGAACGAUAUGAAAGAUGUUAAAUCGUCUAUCAAAGGUACUCUGGAGCUGGCGGCAGAUGUAUCCGAUCUGAAAACUCAAAAUGAGUAUCUAAGUGAUCGCGUCGACAUACUCGAGGGUAGGAUCGCUUCUCAAUCUGACCAAAUCAAAGAUCUCGCAAAUGCUGUAGAGGAAAUCACAUAUAGGUAUAUGAGAGACAAUCUAAUCAUAAACAAUCUCCCAGAGCAGGGGCAGGGUACAGAGGACUGUGACACUUUGGUCUACGAUUUCAUACGAAAUAAGCUACGUGUACCCAACGACCAAAUAUUCUCUCGCGAAAACCCGCAUGCCCCUGUAAAGAUCGAUGUUAGUCAUCGUUUCCCCAGAAUGGGUGCUCAAACUAAACCGAUGGUUGUGAAAUUUACCAUGAGAUCCGGGCGAGAUGUCUGUCUUAAAUUUGCCAAGAACCUCAAGGGCACAGGCAUAUACAUUACUGAUCAACUCCCAAAGUCUAUGUCUCAGCGUAAACAAGCGCAAAUGCCCAAAUUCAAAGAUCUAAGGCCGCUGGGAAAAACGCCUACUUUAACAAAGACAAGCUGAUGCUUGAUAAAAGACCCGUUGAUCCACUCUUCACAAAGAACCCCCUCCCAUUGUCUUCUAAAACCAUUGACAUUGCACCCAAACUUGAUAGCUAUGUAAUAGGCGAAUCCGUGGAGGGAAACAACAGUGGGUUUACCGCAAUUGCUGUUAAAGUCCCGGGGAUAAAAGAGGCCCAAGCAGCUUUUUCGAAGUGCCAUAAAUUUGAUGAUGUUAUCAAAUCAACGUCUGCGCCCUAUGCCUAUCGUGUUCCUGAAGGCUUUGGAUAUUCCGACAACGGCGAAUUUGGAGCUGGUAAAGUUCUGUCCGAUAUUCUUGAGAAUAGCAAAAUGACCGACAUUUCUGUCAUUGUCCCAAGGACUCUUGGUCAGCCUAACUUCGGCAAAACUAGCCAUGCGAACAUUAAGGGGACAAUAAGGGACUGUCUUAAAAAGUUAGCGGGUUGAAAAAACC